AUGUCACCACCAAGCCAUGACCCUUUGGACCGGGAUCAGCUAGGGGAACAGGGUCAAAACUAUUCAGCGAAACACCAGUGCCCUCGAUGCCCGUGCACUUUCAAGCGCAUCGAGCAUCUCAACAGGCACGUGAAAAGUCAUACAUCUCAGAAAGCAUUCAUAUGUGACGUAUGCUUCAAGGAGUUUGCCAGAAGUGACAUCCUUCACCGGCAUAGCUUCACCCACAGAACGCCCAUCGGAGACACUGGGAAGCCCAAACGACGAAGAGCUUGUACAGAAUGCGCAAAAGCACGAGAGAGGUGCAGCAAAGACGAGCCUUGCAGAAGAUGUUUGACUAGGGGACUAUCUUGUGCAUACCCACCAGAGCCUCGAGGACGGCAACCUAGACGUUCACCUCGAGAUGACGUCUUGAAUGUAGAGGCUCAACCGAGCCCGCAGGCGCACAACUAUCAACAGGUUUCAAAGCCUGGGCUGCAGCCAUUAUUACCGACGUCUCAAGCGCUGACAGCCACCACCCCUCGCUCUACCCAGUCCGCGAUUGAGAUGAUGGGUGCAGAUGCCUUGCGCCGCCAGCAGCAACACGACCAUUUGCAGAUUGGAGGAGCGAACAGCACGGGAACAGGUCCAGGUAUUUCAAAUCAAUACCUCGGUGCCAUGUACGAUCCCGCCACCCAGAUGGAUGUGGAUACACUGUUCCCGCUUGUACAAGACCAAGGAGGGUUCAGCCAGAGCAUGGACUACCCCAUGAACUGGCUACCGGCGAAUGACACCAUCGAUAUCGACUACAGCUCCAUACUCGAUUUCGGCAUUGGACCAUAUGCAGAUACAAGUCCUCUUGCCUUGGGACCGACUCAGGACAUCUCUCUUUUGCCACCUGACACCAACGUCGGUCAGAACAAUCAGCUCAGUGUUGCGGGGAAUUCGAUUGCUCCGGGUAGUCGACGACUGAACGAUCCCACCGUGAUACUCCCCCCAGUUGUAUCUAUUUCAUCCCCGACUCAUACCACAUCCUCUCAUUCCCAAAGUUCCGGAUCCGAGUCGAGACUUUCGACGCAAGGAGGGCUAUACGCUACUAGCAACGAUGGCGCCAGAGUCCCAUGCACAAUCCGAUCAAGACAACACCGGCACAUUUUUUCAGGUGCAACGCCAGUUCAUCCUUCUCUCGACAGCGAGAUUGAAGCUGACGACUUCAGCCUAAGAUUCCCUGCUCUUGAUGGAAUUGUGUCUCAAGAUAUCGAGGAGGCGAUUGAAGGCAUAUCGGCGUCGACGUACGACACUAUCCUUGCUAACUUUCAAAGAAUGUGUCUUACCCCAGGAAGCUUUUUUCCGCCUUUCGUCAAUGAAAGCUUCCCAAGUCUUGACCAGAUGAACAUCCUAAUUCAGCUGUACUUUGAAUAUUUCGAUCCCAUCUUCCCCAUCGUGCAUAAGGAACAAGUUGAACUGAACAACUUUUGGCCUUUGGCUCUGUCCAUGUGUGUUAUUGGAUGCCGAUUCACCGACACUCAAGAGUUUACCCGAUGCAUUGUACCGUUCCAGGAGUUUCUUCGUAGAGUUCUAACAUUCGAGGUUGAGAUGAAUCCAACAGAAGCGAUGAUUAUACCGUUAACCCAAGCGCUGAUCCUCAGUCAAAUUGGCUUACUCUAUUCCGGGCAACGCAAGUCAUUCCUUCAGGCCCGAGCCAGGCGCAGUGUUCUUACGGAACUUAUCAACACGACUGGGGCGUCCACAGUUUACGAAGGAACAACGCUCGAUGACUCAGACGAGGUCAGAAACUUGCAAACGCAACAAGAAUGGGAACUAUGGAUCACUGCUGAGACGAAGCGGCGAAUUGGAUACUCCGCCUGGCUGCUCGAUUGCAUGUCACGAUAUCAUUUUGGAGAGAGAUUUAUCGGGUCGACGGAUGCGACACAGCACGAGCUCCCAAGCGAAGAUCUUUGGAACUGCAAAACAGCUUGGCAAUGGUCUCGAUCAUUUCGAAAAACUGAAAAAAAUCCUUCACUGGCAUCGGCAGUGACCAUGCUGUUCCUUGAGAAGAAGUUCAAAAAGGACAUUGGACAGUUCUCAAGCUUGCUGCUGCUGCAUGGCGUUUACGAGGAGAUAAGGAGGGUUCAGUACUACCUUGACAGGCCCCUUUCAUCCUGGGUGCCUUCGCUGUGGCUCAACCCGGGAUCCCCACCUGCAGAGAGCGAUCAUGAGUCCGCCCAGCUAUCUGACACAAAAAACAAUCUUGCAGUCUGGCGCAACGCGGCUCUUGACUGUGUUGAUGUUCUUCACUGGGCAGCCAACGCCACCGUUGCAAGUGCCGCAGGCGUGGAACAUUCCACCGUCUUGCAUCUUCACCUGUCAAGGGUGGUCUUGCUAGUGCCUUAUACAAGUAUACAGACUUUGGCAAAGUCAAUAUCGACUUUGACAGCGGACCGCUCCACUACCUGGUCCAAAACAAUGAGGGAAGACGCUCUACGGGCGGAACAAGAGGUGGUCCGUUGGGCUCAGCAAGAUGAGCACAAAGCGAGACUCGCAGUCCUCCACUGUGGGUGCCUUUACUGGCAUAUCCGACGGUAUAGUCGUCGUGCGUUCUAUGAGCCAGUGUCCGUAUUUCUUGCUACCUUGACACUUUGGGCUUACAGUAUGUACGCUUCGCGAGCAUCACCAGUAGGCGCUGAAGUGCAGAAUGACCUCGAAGGUAUUCGAAGUGGAAGCAUCACCCGACAUGCUUCUCCAGAGCCGCCUUCCGAUCAGAGACUUAGUGGUCGCGAGGCCAGAGGUCAGCGAUCGAGUGCUACGAAUCAGCUAGAGUUCGAGGAUGAUGCGGAACCGACUUUCAUCAGGCUAGACCGUCCGAACGACGACGAGAUGGUGCAGCAAUUUGUCAAAUCAGGUCGACCAUCAGUGAUGCGGGCAUAUAUCACAGGGGUAGGAAACAUAUGCUCCCCGCAAGGGCCAGCCAGGAUUUUAAGAGAGGGACGGAAGAUACUAAGUUCGGUAUCGUCGGCCUGGAGCAGGACGCAGGAUUAUAUUUCAACUCUAGAGUCGGUCGAAGCGGUGACAACCAAUAGCCACAAUUGGGAUUCACGUGAGAGACUAUCUGCGAUGACAGGCAAACGAUCAGGCUGGUGGUCGUUGGCAACAUAG